GCAGGUGCGCCCCGGGAGAGAGGGGGGCGCCCGGCAGGUGCAGGCUUGGGAGAGGAGGGAGUGCUCCGGGGCGAAUGAAACCUGCGGGAAGGUGCAGCCCGAGAGAGAAAGGGAAUGCCUGGAAGAGGAGUGGGGGCCUCCCAGGGCCCUUGAGGUCUCUGCAGAGGCGGGGACCGCCACAGGCCAGAUGCAGCUUUGUUUGGUGCGAGAAGGGGCGCCCAGCGAAGACAAGUGGCGCUCAAGGGAAGAUGACGCCUCAGGGAGGAAACGGGGGCUUCUGGGGCAUCCUCCAGGACCUGCUUCUCUACACAAUGUUGGGAUUUUUGGAGCGCCCUGUGGUGGUGACGGCUGACAUCAAUUUGAACGUUGUGGCUCUGACUGCAGUGGGGUUACUGAGCCGCCUGUGGCAGCUCGCCUAUCCAAGGGCUGUGGUCUUUGAUGAAGUGUAUUACGGGCAGUACAUCUCCUUCUACAUGAAGCGGAUCUUCUUUCUCGACGGCAGUGGACCACCAUUUGGCCACAUGCUGCUGGCCUUAGGAGGUUAUUUAGGAGGAUUUGAUGGUAACUUUCUGUGGAACAGGAUCGGAGCAGAAUACAGCAGCAACGUGCCCGUGUGGUCUUUGCGCCUGCUGCCGGCCCUCACCGGGGCUCUGUUGGUGCCCAUGGCCUACCAGAUCCUGCUGGAGCUUGGCUUUUCUCAUUGCGCCGCCACGGGGGCCGCUCUGCUGAUACUUAUCGAGAACGCUCUCAUCACUCAGGCAAGGCUCAUGCUUUUGGAGUCAGUGUUGAUAUUUUUCAACCUGUUGGCUGUGCUGUCCUACCUGAAGUUUGCCAACUCCCAAAAACAGAGGCCCUUCUCCCUGCGCUGGUGGUUUUGGCUGACGCUCACCGGAAUGGCCUGUUCCUGUGCAGUGGGCGUCAAAUAUGUGGGUGUCUUCACGUACCUGCUAGUGCUCGCAGUGGCCGGCGUCCAUGCCUGGCACCUGAUCGGAGACCGGACUCUGUCACAUGUCCGUGUGCUCUGUCACCUGCUUGCCCGAGUGGCAGCGCUGCUGGUCAUCCCGGCCCUCAUGUACUUGUUGUUCUUCUACGUCCACUUGACUCUGGUCUACCGUUCCGGGCCCCACGACCAGAUCAUGUCCAGUGCUUUCCAGGCCAGCCUGGAGGGCGGCCUAGCUCGGAUCACGCAGGGCCAGCCCCUGGAGGUGGCCUACGGCUCCCAGGUCACUCUGAAGAACGUCUUCGGCAAACCCGUGCCCUGCUGGCUCCACUCCCACCAGAGCACCUACCCCAUGAUAUACGAGAACGGCCGAGGCAGCUCACACCAGCAGCAGGUGACCUGUUACCCGUUCAAAGACGUCAACAACUGGUGGAUCGUGAAGGAUCCCGGGAGGCAUCCGCUGGUGGUGAGCAGCCCGCCGCGGCCCGUGCGGCACGGGGACGUAGUACAGCUGGUCCAUGGCAUGACCACCCGCUUCCUCAACACGCACGACGUGGCAGCGCCCCUGAGCCCCCACUCGCAGGAGGUCUCCUGCUACGUGGACUACAACAUCUCCAUGCCCUCCCAGAACCUCUGGCGACUGGACAUCGUGAACCGAGAAUCCGACACGGAGGUUUGGAAGACCAUCUUGUCCGAGGUCCGCCUGGUGCACGUGAACACCUCUGCGGUCCUGAAGCUGAGCGGGGCCCACCUCCCAGACUGGGGGUUCCGGCAGCUGGAGGUCGUCGGGGAGAAGCUGUCCCGCGGCUACCACGAGAGCAUGGUGUGGAACGUGGAGGAGCACCGAUACGGCAAAAGCCAGGAGCAGAAGGAGAGGGAGCUGGAGCUGCACUCGCCCGCCCAGAUGGACGUCAGCAGGAACCUGAGCUUCAUGGCCAGGUUCCUGGAGCUGCAGUGGAGGAUGCUGAUGGUGAAGAACGACGACUCAGAGCACAAGUACAGCUCCUCGCCGCUGGACUGGGUCACCCUGGACACCAGCAUCGCGUACUGGCUGCACCCCAGGACCAGUGCCCAGAUCCACCUGCUUGGGAACGUCGUGAUCUGGGCCUCGGCCGGCCUUGCCACAGCGGUCUACGUGCUGCUCUUCCUCUGGUACCUGCUUAGACGCCGAAGGUGCAUCUGGGACCUGUCCGAGGAUUGCUGGCUGCGCUGGGUGCUGGCCGGGGCUCUGUGUGCGGGCGGCUGGGCGGUGAACUACCUCCCCUUCUUCCUGAUGGAGAAGACGCUCUUCCUCUACCACUACCUCCCCGCGCUCACCUUCCAGAUCCUCCUGCUCCCUGUGGUCCUGCAGCACGUUGCCGACCACCUGUGCAGGUCCCCUCUCCUGAGGAGCGUCUUCGGCAGCCUGGUGGUGGCGUGGUACUCCUGCGCCUGUCACGUGUUCAACACGCUGCGCCCACUCACCUACGGGGACAGGUCCCUCUCGCCCGGCGAACUCAAGGCCCUUCGCUGGAAAGACAGCUGGGACAUUCUGAUCCGAAAAUACUAGCAGGAUGCGUGGGCAGUGAACAUCU